AUGACGCUGAUGUCGAUCCGCCUGGAACUGGCGCGCGACCACGAUUAUCCCAACGGCAGCUCGACUCAUGGCUACGAGUUCGUCGCGCCGCUCGAUUCCGAGGGGCACAUCGAUCUGGAGGGGUGGCGCAAGCAGCGUAAGCACUGCCACGUCUGGCGCUUCUGGGAGGGCGAGGCCGACGAGUACGGCCACCUGGUGCAUACCCGUGGCCGGGCCUGGGCCUUUCACUACGACGUGGCCGGCGACCCCGACCUCGACGAGCCCGGCUAUCGCUUCGACAGCCACCGCUUCGUCGAGGGCGAGUACGUCUCGAUCCGCGAGCAGGACGAGGAGCUGCGCACCUUCCGCGUGGUGGCGGUGCGGCCGGCGAGCCAGUCGCCGCUGCGCAGCCGCGGCGGCGCCGCGGCGAGCUGA